GUAUAAUUUCACUCUCUCAGUUCGUCAGUUGUGAAUAAAACGUCGUCGAUUUCAGGCAGGCAUUUUUCCGAAGCCAAAGGUAGUACAUAUACAACAUACGCAGAGUUUAGAAGAGAAAAAAAAAAAAUUAUUGCCUUCAAGAAAGGUUUCGGUUUCAAGUGCUUUAAUAAGGCCAAGUUGCAAUUUGCCAAAAAAAAUAAUAUUAUUUUUUUUUUUCAUUCUCAAAACCACCCCAGGCUUUCUCCCAAUGCAGUGCUAAAGAGUCCUUUGGUUUAAAACCUUUUUUUUUUUUGGUUGGUGAUUAAAAAUUCUCAUUUUGGAAAAACUCACGUUUUAGUGUGUUUUUCUUUCUUCUUUUUUUUUUAAUUGUGUGGUUUCCUGUUUUGCUUACCAACUUUUCAACCAUCUUGACUCUUUUUGUAUCCGUGCAUUAUAUUUUUUUAUGGACCAACAAAGGUUGAUUAUAUAGAUAUACGAGUAGAUCCGCAUCCGCACACACCGCACCUAUUAUUAGCUUUUGGUUCACAUCAGCCAUCACAAUCACAAUAUUUAUGAUGAUAAUGAUGCAGAUUGGUGAUGCAGUGGUUGUUCGUGUCGUCGCCAGUGAUUGAUGCCCGGAUUAAAAAUAAUACAUGUCGCCUCGCAUAAGUGUCGGCAGUCUAUAAAUUACCCCUAAAUCGAAUCGUUAAACAAACAACUACCUCGCUAUCACAUAAAUAGUGUUGCCCGCCGUCUUUGUAAUCGCUACUGAUGAUGUGUUUGGGGUAUCCUACUGUCCUAUUAUAACAACUACUGUCGACUUGUGUAAGUGGAGCAAAUAAAUAGAAAAAAAAAAAAAAACUUAUAUUGUGUCUCCCAGUGCACCCCAGAGUAUAGGUAUAUGCGAGACUUGAGUUUUCCUUUGAAAAGGGUAGUUUGACCACUAUUUCAUUCUAGAAACGCGAAUAGAGUAUAUUCGUCAAUGAAUAGAAUUUAAUCGUUGAUUUGCGCCAUUCAAGUGCUUUUAGGGUGUUUUAUUGACAUAAGCUGGGUUGGUGAAUACAUUUUUUUAAAUUAAUUGAAGCGCGCUGUGAUAAUCGCUGGCUGGGUGGUAAUAAAAAAGAAAUUCGUCGUCGUCGUCGUCUAACGUGCGAUAGUAAUAUAACAGUCAAAACGAACCACAUCCGACAAUCAAGCUGAUGACGAUGUUUUCGAUAGGAAGAAUUAUUAUUUUGGUGCUCGGCGUGUAUGUCUCGUUUAUAGGAUGCUUGGAGGAGGAUUGCAUCGAUUUUCAAGGCAACUCUGUCAACCAUGGAAUGCUGUACGUACCUGGACCGGGAGUUUGCAGUCUCUGUGUCUGUUACCAUUCUGAACCGUUGUGGUGUAAAGCUAUUUACUGCGAUCCACCCUAUUUUUGCAAGAACUUUAGAGUUGGCACACACUGCUGUGAGUUUGAGUGUUUGGAUCCACCUGGGGAGGAUACUAAAUAUCAGGAACGAAUGAGAAAACGCGCUCAAAUUCUUGCCGGAAAUAGCACCGCAGCCUCCAUAUCGCCACUAACGAUGUCCACCAUUAUGUUAACAAUGUUGGGUAAUACAUUACUAAACUUAUAACUUCAGCCAACACUAUACAAGCAAUGAACUUAUGAACAAUAGAAAAUUAAUUUCUUUAUUUUUUUAUAUAUACAAUUAUUAUUAUACGUAUGUACAUAAUUAUGUUCAUAUGAUAUUAUGAAAGAAUUUCUUAUCGUUAGCACAUUUUUUACAUUAAGCAAUAAAACAAAAUUAGCUAUAAACAUCAUUUAUCUAAGAAAUCCUUAAGAAUUAAAAGAGAAAAAUACACUAAAAUAAAAAACGAAAAAAAAAAACAAAAAUUAAAUAUUAAUUCUUAGAGGUCAUGACACAAUAAUUACAUUUUAACAUUGACAAUGCUUGCAUGUGUACCUUCAAUAUAAAAAAUAAAAAUAAUACAGAAAACCUAAACAAGGUCACAGAAUGACAUGCAAUCAAAUCAAAUUAUAAAUGUUCGGUCGGAGGACGAAAGAAUAAAUCAAUGAAUUGUGAUAGUCCUGGCAACUUAUAUACAAGUUGAAAUAGCGCGUAUACUAGUAUAUGUGUGCUAUUAGGAAAUGUUUGGAUAUUUUUUGCAAAUAUUUUUUUUUUUUUGUUAUAUAAUUUAAUCAAUAAAAAAUAUAUAUAACUUUUAAGCUUAUAUUGAAAAAUUGGAAAAAAUAUAUUAAAACCCCACAGUUACAAAUUACUUGGAAAAUUAGAAUAUCAUUACAUGCAAUACUUACAUAUCCAACACAAAAAAAAACACUAUUCUAUUGUUUGUUAAAAAUUUUUACACUUUACAAAAAUAUUUAUUUCAAUUGCAAAAUAAAAGGAAUAAACUUUUUAAAAAAAUUUAAAUAAUUGCCUUCAAAGCUGCUCAAAAAAAUCUUUCUGUAAAUAAAAAAAUAAUUUUUUUUAAACAAAAAUGGUGGACUAUCGUAAAAUACUUUCUCUAUAAGUUUAUUGAAAAAAAAAUAAAAGAAUUAUUAAAAAAAGCAAAGCUUAUUUAAAAAUAUAUUUUUGGUCAAAGACCUUAGAAUACAUAUUAUAUAUAGAUAUUUUAUUAUAUCAACUGCAAUUCUAUGAAGCAUAAUGAGGAGCAUUAUUAUUUAAGUGUAGUUUUAAGAAAUUUAUGAAUAUUUAAUAUUAAAUUCAAAUACUAAGAACUUGCCAGACUCUCUAAAAAAAAAACAAUAAAA